AUGAAGAACAGGAAGACAGAAGAAGAAGAAAAAAAGAAAGAAAUCCAGAGACACGGACCCCACCCAACCAUCCAUGCCUCUUUCCUGCGGCGGUCCGUCGAGCCCUGGUACGACCUCACAUUCUUCAGCAGAGCACCAGGGCACUUGACAGAGCAACUCGGCUCAACUCAAUUCAUGCUGCUGCAUGCAAGCAUAGCGUUGCUCACGACGGAAUGUAACGCUGUCCAGGGUUGGCCGCUUUCCUGUAACAAUCAUCGGCGUGCAUGUGCCCACCGGUCGGCGGUCGCAGCUCUGUGGUCAUGCCCCUUCCUCGGAGACCCGAGCCCGGCCUGGCCUCUUGACAUUGGCCUCUUCCACCCAGCAUGUGUCAAUUUGAAACCCGUCGAGCAAAAUCUCAGCCUCAGCUUCGAGACUGCCGCUCCCACAUCACAACUGCCUGACAGGGAACCACCGAACGCCGUCGCACACUGCAUUGUCACACACGCACACUCGCACACACCACACACACUUGCACAAAUGCACCUACGGCACCAGCAGCAUACAGACUUGGCCAUAUCGAGCUGCGAGCUCCGGCACUCCGAUCCACUCGUGCAGAGACAGGUGUGGUCUGUGACGCGUAUAAUGACGCCGCGCCGCGAUUGAUUCAAUUGCUUGCACUCUGCCCUGCACUAUCGAAAAAAGAGCCGUCCCCACCGCGGCUCGUUUCCAAUUGCUGUUCUAGACUUGCUGACAAGGUGACCGCUGUCACGUGUGCACGGGUCGUCUCGUACACAAGGGCAAUCCAGGCUGAUGGAUGCCGCUUUCUUCUGACAGGUGCAUACCCGCUUGUCCACAGCCAGUGCUCCAUCCCAGAGACUCCGUCGCCCACAGACUCAGGCGCCCAGCCAUCCAGCCCGUCCCAAGCCUCCUUACUGCAAGCUCGCUCUAGUCGAGCGCCUGAGCGCGCCUCUGACAAGGGCCUACCCUUCUUACAAUUUCCUUUCUGAUGGUCCAGAAGCUGUCAAUCUGGCCAGAUGACCACGGAUGAUGUUCAGUGUCCACUUGUCCACCACAAGAGGGUCUUUCAGAUGUGGGGAACCACUGGUCUCGUUAAUCAGCACGAGUCAAUGUCUAUAAGGCCGUCCAAGAUCGAUCCUCACUUUGACGAAAGUAAGACACGCUCCCGCUCGAGGAAGCAUAUCUCGAGGCGGCUCGCCAAAUGUGGGGGCCCCGAGAGAGUUCUACGAUACCACAGCACCUCCACCAAUUCGGGGGCCAAACCUUAGAAGUAGACUACGCCUCACCAUCACCCGCACUCAACUGCCAGGCACGCCACUAGCAACAAUGGUCUCAUGGACUGUCUGCCUCGCGGAGGGGUUCGAGCUUCUCCAUAUGACUGGUUUCAUUGUAUCGCAAGCUGAUAAUGGCACCCAUAUUUGCCAUUCUUGCGUACAUGGAUGCCGUUGCCAAGCUGGC